AUGGUCAGGAAAAAAGAAAAUUGGCAAAAACCUCCUAGAGACUGGCUUAAGAUUAACAUUGAUGCUUCUAUGAUUUCUGAUUUCUCUAAAGCAGGAUUUGCUCUAGUCAUUCGCAAUUGCACAAGAGGAUUCAUGGGGGCAAUGGCCUUCUCAGCAGUAGCCAGGGAUGUGAUGCAAGCUGAAGCUAUGAUACUCUUGAAAGCUCUGCAAUGGAUUAAAGAUCAGAAUAUUCAAAGAGUCAUAGUUGAAGGUGAUAACUUGUCUGUCAUUAAUGGAUGUAAUGGUACCUUAGUUAGUGUUCCUUGGGAAGAUCAUAGUCUUAUGCUAGAGUGUCAACAAGUCUUUAGUGGCUUGAGUCAGUGUGUAGUGUCUUUUGAAAGACAGGAUCACAACCUUGCAGCAGACUUGCUUGCAAAACAUGCUAUAAGGAGCAUAAGAAUGCAGUCCUGGUGGGAAUCACCUCCAAACAUCAUCAGUGAAAUUUUCAGUAGAGAAGGCAAUCAUAUUGCUCCAGUGUCAGUCUAG